AUGUCUCUGGCAGUUCGUGGAUUUAACAGAGAUGCAGAAAACGCAGCUCCGAUGGGCAAGGCCAGGGCGGCCGGGACGAGGAGGCCUGUGCUUGGUGAAAUCUCCAACUUGCACAACAAGACAGGACAAGCCAAGAAAACGGCUGCAGUGAAGACUCAGGCCGCGAAGCGUUCUAAGCCAGCCUCGCAGCAGACACUGCCGGCGGAAGCACAGCCCCAGUGCGCUCCGGUCGUACCAGAGAUCGUCGUCCGUCCGCAAGAUGCCCGAGUGUCCGUCUGCUCCGACGUGUCCAUGGGAGAGGAGGAGCUGUGCCAAGCGUUUUCUGAGACCCUUGUGGCUGUGGAAGACAUCGAUGAAGGCGACGCGGACCUGCCCCAGCUGUGCUACGAAUACGUGAAAGACAUCUACGUGUACCUUCGGCAACUCGAGGUCCAGCAGUCUGUUCGCCCCAGGUACAUGGAGGGUUACGAGAUCAACGAGCGCAUGCGUGAACUUCUGGUGGACUGGCUGAUCCAGGUGCACUCCAGGUUUCAGCUGCUGCAGGAAACCCUGUACAUGGCCGUCGCCAUCUUGGAUCGCUUCCUCCAGGUGCAGCCAGUGAGCCGGCGGAAGCUGCAGCUGGUCGGCGUCACCGCGAUGCUCAUCGCCUCCAAAUACGAGGAAAUGUAUGCCCCCGAGGUGGGAGACUUCGUCUACAUCACCGACAACGCCUUCACCAAGGCCCAAAUCCGCGAGAUGGAGAUGAUGAUUCUGCGGGAGCUGAACUUCCAGCUGGGGCGCCCCCUCCCGCUGCACUUCCUUAGGAGGGCCUCCAAAGCUGGCGAUGCUAAUGCAGAGAAACACACACUGGCCAAAUACUUCAUGGAGCUGACCCUGAUGGACUACAACAUGCUGCACUACCACCCCUCUGAAAUUGCUGCUGCUGCCCUGUGCCUUUCCCAGGAGGUUCUAGUUGGACAGAAAUGGUCUGCAACACAACAGCAUUACACUACCUAUGGCGAAGACCACCUCAAGCCCAUCAUGCAGCACAUUGCCAAAAAUGUAGUCCGGGUCAACGAGGGGCUCACCAAACAUGUCGCCAUUAAGAACAAGUACAUGAGCAGCAAGCUCAUGAGGAUCAGUGCACUCCCCCAGCUGACGGGGGCACUCAUCAGGGACAUGGCUGCUCCCCUGCUCCCUCACUGAGGCUCAGUGUCCAGCCGAGUCACGGACUCU